AUGAAGAUAGAUGGUAAUCAACAAACGUUUGACUACCACAGCGACUUGUGGUUGAACAAGAAAACAUUUCAACCAAAUAAUUUGGAUUUGGAUGACAAAGAAACGAAACUGGCUUCGUAUUGGACACUACCAUUUACUGAACUUGGUCUGGGAAUGAAAGUAGAUGGAACGGCCAAAUGGAUCACCUUCAGCUAUACCGUAUCGUCUCUCUACAGUCUUAUUGCUGAUGGACAGUACAGAAGCAUGAGUCUAGAUGAGAGAGAGACACAGAAUGAGGUUGUAGAGGUUCUAUAUGCGCUAUCGGGUAAUGUUCUAUGUGAUGUACAAAAUCUAGACAUGAAGUGCAACUUGCAGCAAACUCUGUUUGAACUUUCUCUCAAGGAGAAUUUGGAUAUAUCCAAGGGUGAGUGA